GACAAGCAACAAGCUAAUAACACUAAUUCCACAAGAUCUCUGAGGUUCAAAAUUUUAUUACAAAAUACUACCAAAUUUUCUGGGAUUUAGUCCUAGAAAAAAAAAAAAAAAAAAAAAAAGCUGAAUCUUGGAGUUCAUUGAUAAUGAUGAAGAAAUCAUGGGUUUGUACUUUUGUAACUCAAUUUUCUCUAUGUUUAUCUCUUUUUUUUGUUCUCAACUUGUGUCAAAAUCAGAAGCCAAUGACAAGGAAUAGAAAUGUGAACAACCUUCCUAUGGAUAUAUAUUUCAUUAGUGUUACAGGGGGUAUUAGGACCCUUGAAGAACAGACCCUUCUUCUCAAACAGGUGGAGAAGGUAGCGAAAAAGUUCAAUUCAAGAUUCAUUAUCAACAUAAGCGAACUUGGGGAAGAUGAUCCACUUAUGCAAAAUGCUACUUGGCAUUUUCCUUCCAUGAAGAUUCCAUGGUACUCGACUCAAGCUCUCAGAGGACGUGGGGUGAAUCACUACCUUAAACAAUUCAAAUUUGCCCAUGGAAGCUUAGAUAUUAUAGUUGUGGAUACAGGAUUAUAUGAGGUUGCUUCAAAUGGUGCUGGAGAUAGACAAUCUCAAUGGCUGAUAGACACACUUGAAAAUAGUGAAAGCAAAUGGUGCAUUGCUGUCGGAUUUCAUCCAUUAGUAGCUUGCGAAGAAGAUACUUCUCAAACAAAAUUAAAACAUGAACUCCAGUCUUUACAUGGCUUAUUUCUGAAAUACGGGGUGGAUGCAUUUAUAAGUGGGCAGGAUUGUGUUGGCAAUGUUGAGGAAAGCCCUAUUGCAAAAUCCAAAACUGGAACUGCCAUAUAUCAAGGACCAUUGCUGACUAAAGUGAAUCAGAAGUUGCCUUACUCUAUGGAAAAAGUAAAUGGAUUCCUACUUCACAAAGUCAGCGCUCUAGAGAUUGUAUCCUACUUAGUCACCUUGGAAGGUGAUGUUGUGCAGAAAUUUUUUCUCCAUCAAAGAGGCAGAGAUAUUAUGUAGAGCUCCCUCCAAACACCAUUUAGGGGGAGCCAAUUUCUUCCAAUAGCCCUUUUUUUUCGUUCUAGUUAUCGUCGUGGAAAGUAAUGAAGAAGAUCAAAGAUCCAAUCAAAUAUUGGUGAAGAAUCGUUGUUUUCGUCUUUUUUUCUUUUCCGAGUAAAGAAAGAAAGAGGAGGAAUUACAAAAAGAAGUAGAUUCAGCAUUCAUGCUCAAGUUCAAAUUAACGGAAUAUUCUCCAUUUCGAGUCCCCAUUUCUGGUGAUUGCCUUGAGGUGUUCCAUCUUUAAGGUGUUCUGAGCAUGUUGAUGUUUAAAUUGAAUGUACUAGAUCCUUUCCAAGUUCUCUUGAGAAGUUAAUGCAACCCUAUUUUUUAUGUGAUUAUAAGUUUUAUGUGUUGACAAUAUAAAAAAGAUUUAUAUCAUUAGGUCAUUGUGCAAAUAUUACUUGGUAACCUUUAAGAAAGGGAUGCUAAAAUAAACAUGGCCAACUUGUUAUAGAGAGCAAGGCUUGUAGUUAGC